GAUGAAUCUGUCGUGGAAGCCGCAGAUGAAAUUGCUGACCGCAUAGCUGCGAAGUACGGGGGUGCAGCGUCAUGGAGCAAGCGACGCGUCGUUGUUGAGGAUGAGAACGGUGAUGGUCGUCUUGCAUCUUUCCUACCACAAUCAGAAGCACCAAAUGCAGCACUACCAAGACAGAAGGCGCAGAAAAUGAACAAGAAGAAAACUUCAACGAACCUCACGGGAGGAGAAAAAGCUACAGCUACAAGCGUAAAGUCUCUUCCUGAUGACGAUCUUCUUCAUAAAAAAGUAAUGUACUACUAUCAGCAUGGAUCUGGUACGACAGGCCAUUAUAAUCCCGAGGCUGAGUACUCUGAUCAAAGAACUUUUUCAACUCUCCAUCAUAUUCUUUGCAAUGUGGCUCCCAGUGUUGCAGUCGAAUACGCGUCGAAAGCGCCUCCAGGGCCUAGAGUCUUUGUAAAAGAAGGGGAUGGAAGCAGUCGUCGCGUCAAAAAGAAGACCGUCACAGACAUUGGGGCUAAUCAGUUCUUCUCUAGGGUUUACUUGAGUUGCCCUGCUCCUCCAGUUGAUCGAGUAAGAAUCAAUCAGCCGAAAUUUGAGAGGGUGUACGUUGACAAGGAGAAGCAGCAAGUCAUCGGAAGCACAAAUAGCAGCAGAGGCGGCAGUAGUGUUUUGAUUGAUAGCAGCACUAAUAGCAACAGCAGCGGCGAUAAUGAUGUGGAUGUACCACAAGCAACGUCGACUGCCACAACAGCAAACGCGCUUCAACCAUCAGGCGCUGCGAUGCAUGUGGAGCAAGUAGAGGCUCACGAGUCGUCUGCUCGGCUUACUUCCGAUAAUUUUCGUGAGGUUCAUGGACCAGCUAGGUGCGAGCUGUAUGUUCCAACACAUACUCAACUAUACGAAAAAGUGAUGUGGAGUGAUGUUGAGCAGGAAGAACUUCUGAAACUAGAUCGAGCAUGUCAGCUUUCUAACGACAGUAGUUUUGUCAUAUUUUCCCCGAAGACUGACACAGGCGACUUAGAUCUUGCGCUUGAUGCGGGUGGUUGCGUGGCAGCAGAUGAUCGCUUCCAAAAAACGCUUGUGUGGGUCUUGAGGUGUCUCACGCAUCAAGUGGCACUCGCACAAGAGGAAGUUUGCGAUGAGUUCUUCAGGAUCGCUGGCUUUUCUCGCUUGAAGUUUGAGAAGCGAGCGUAUUUGAUGGUAUUCGAGUUAGUUUCUUACUCUUUGCCCUCGUAGUACAUAUUGACUCUCCUCUAUGUGCUUUCUUGUGUUUCGCUUUCGUAUAAGAGAGACUACGCGCCUACGCGUCCAAUAAAUGCUCCAUUCGUAUUCAUCGACUUCGAGCUCGCAGGUGCAAUGGAUAUGACAUACAGCUUCUCACCUUAAAUGAAUUUGGGACGUUCUAUCUCUACACACAGGCACUCGCCGUCAAGAACAACCAGAAAAAAGUUGCAGACUUGAUGGACACGCUACUACACCGCGUAUCGAGGGUGGUUCCAGUGGAGUCAAGUGCUAUCAGAAAGCGCCGGGUGGGCGUAGAGGGUUUUGCGUAUACAAUGAAAGCGGCGCAAGAAGAUGACAGCGACAUUACAAAGGUCGUCACACGAGACGAGUUGCGGUGUACUUCGUGCAUAUUUUUUGACUCGAGCUUGAAGCUAAGCUUUUUGCUGUACAAUCUCUGUCUUUGGAGGUACGUAUACCAGACUCGAAUUCCUACCAGUAAUAAACUGAUCUGAUGCGCGUGCUUAUAUGAGAACUAUAUACUCACUUGUACCUCAUAGGUGAAGCAGGGAAGAAGAAAGAAAAAGACUGCAUGAAGCGGGACGAAUAUUUUCGCUAUGCCGACUUCGAAAGAGUAGAGGGUGAAGAGACAUGGACAGUUCCACCAUCAAAGAGCGAAAAGAAGCUAGAAAAAGAGCGGUUUCGGCGAUGGUUUGUUUUCCAGUUAUUACGAUGGAACCGCUACGGCACAGUUGCGCAAGCGUGUAUGCGUAUGCUUCGCGCAGAAGGAUUGGGGCUGUUCUUCGUUCUCGGCAAGCUCCACAAGUCGUACGUUGACGAGGCAACGCCCGAGUUUGAAUCUCCGAAGAAGGGUACAGCUGUGUCUUAUGGUGAUAGAGGCUUGCGUGUAUGUUUCUACUACUCCACGCGCAACAAAUAGACGUCUGGCAUGAGUAUAAGACAGUGAGUUCAUCGCUUUGAUGACACUCAUCUACUUCGUGUUUGCUAUGUAUUCACCAACGCAGACCACUUCUUCUUUUCUCCGACUUUCGCCACUCAAACUCAAUAACCUUAAUUACGCCCAUCGUGUAGACCUUACUUACAACAGACACGCACUUGCAGACAGUAGUUCUGAACUACUUUGUAGUUCUUAUCACACGUCCCGCGGAUGUAAUGCAGCGGCUGCAGCUACGAAGGAGUCGGCCUAUGUCUUCUGCAGAGGUUGGGUUCUUCUUCCAGACCGAGUACAUCUUCGUUAGAAAUCUACUGCGUAAUUUGGAACAGAUUUUAGACGAGCUGUUCGUUAUGACCGGAAUCGAUUUCGAUAAUCAGCUAGAUCUACAGGCGCAAGUCUUGAAGACCCAUAUCGACAUACUGCGCAGAGUUGCACUGUGGGCGCUUGUAGUGGAAAAGAGCAUUCUUGCGUGGCGGUGCUCUUUCAAUGGAGUUGCUGGGGGCCAGAAUAGCCAUCUUGAUUUCCUCAACCAGUACGAAAGUUGUACUUCUUCGGAAGCCAAAAAAGCAGAAAUUACCAAGCUACUAGGUACGUCGGUGCGGCUGGAUAGAAGCGAUCCUGGUACGAUCAGCUUGCAAUCGCUUCAGAAGCUCUUGGAGAAAAUGAACGAACAACAACAAGUGAAGACAGUAGAUGACUUAGUUGUGUGGCAACCGAAGCCAAGUACUGAACUGGUUGAGCGGCAGCUUGGCCGUUGGAAAUUACGCCAGAACGAUCUACAUCCAAAAUCACAAAGCACGCUAGAUGAAGAAGGAGGGAGCUGGGAGUAUCGAAUAUGCAGAGAUCAAGAUAAGCAGCUUUUUGAUGAUGUUGUAGAGACAAACGCGCGUCUACGAACGCAACACGCGGAGCGGUUUUCUGCUGUUCCUGCUAAGCAGAAGAAACGAUCUAGAGGCUACCGCAAGUUUCUAGAAGUCUGGGGUCGCGUGCAGCUAACAGGUGAUAAGGAAGAGAAGGAGAAGAGUGGAUUGAAGUUGUGGACGCAGCUGUCGCAGAAAGAAAAAGACCAGUUUGCAAGUGAUGAAGCAACAGAAAACCUGCAGUUCUACUUGCGUGCGCGACGUGCUCGAGAGGACCACGCACCUUGGAACAUUACACAACAUGACGAAGCCGUUCUUCGACGUGAGGGCGCAUUGAUCUACCAGCGAAAAUACUACGCAGCAGUUGAGGCAGCAUGCGUCGAGUACUUCACGCGCUGCACGUCAUGUAGACCGAUACCAUCGGUGGAACGAAAGCGCUUGGCAAACGGAGAGGAAAUCACGAAGGGCAUGCUGGCGAAGAACUGGUGGAAAGAAACAGAGAAGGAAUGGUCCGAGGUAACAACUACUUCCGCGAAGGAUGAGGCCAACACCGUUCGUUACAAGCAGAAGCCUCCGGCAAGCCGAUUAGCUGGGAUUCUGGCGCGUUUCAUCAUGAUCAACCGCAAACAGGAAAAGAAGCUGAAGUCAGGGCUACCGGUUCAUCUGCAACUAGAUGACUCUAGCGACGAGGAAACGAAAGCAGUACAAAGAGCGAAGCAUGCCGAGAAUCUUGCUCUCGAAGAUGAAAGGAUUCCCCAGCUUUUAGGGCUGGUCUUUUUGGAUACGCAGAAGUCGUACGUGAUAACGAAAAUCCGGAAGACGCCGUAUGAAUAUUGUGCAGUAGAGGUGAAGUUCGUAGACGUCAGUAACGCGACAGCUCUUGAUCCGCCUCCUUUUGUAGUUGGUGGCAAGUCUACACCUUCUAACACCACUCGCGACAGAGCUUCGCCCGACGAUGCAGACGUGGAUCGUAUUCCCACCAUCGACGGGCUUCCAGAUGAAUUGCUUGACGAAGACUACAACGCAAAGUCAAGAGGCGGGUACGGUCGACGUGCGAUAAUCGACGACACCGCGUUUGUCUGCGAGAACCGGAACGAUGUGGAUAGAAACACAAGACCAUUUCGCAUGUUUGAGUGUUGUCUAACGUUGAUUCCUGAAGACCCUUCCAUAGUAGGCAUCGAGUUCAUGAAUCAGCUCGAAAUCGGGGAGAAAAAGGAACUUCCUGAACAUCUCAAGAAGAAGAGAAAAGCGGCUCCAGAAGGAGGGGCUGCAAAGGCUAGAGCAGCUCCCAAAGCGAAAAGGCAGAAGACGGAGAAUGUUGCAGCAGUAGCUGAAGAGAUACAUCUCACCAAGAUGAAGAUGAAGAAGGCAUCCGCUGGCGCUAGUGCCAGUAGUGUCGCUGCAGCUCUUGCUUCAGGGUCAGCCGGACAAGUAGAUGCGGGAGAGGAACCAGCUUCAAUGGAAGUAGAUGGGGAUGCGUUGGGUCCGAUUGCAAGGCGUCUCGGUACCUCCCUUCCUUGUAUGUUGGCAAUAAGUGUGACACUCAGUGAUGUUCUUGACGUCGGCUCGUGAGUAGUUGCAUCUCUCAAAUCAAGCGAAAUCGCUCAAAUCUUGAAUACUCCUCUAUUUUCCAGAUACUACCGGUACUGCAGCUGCUGAAAACGACGCUGAAUCUGGUCAGACCGUGACCAGAACCUAUCGACUGAUGCCAGAGCCGAAUCCAAAAGCGAAGGCGAAAGCCCGUCUUCUACCAGAAGUUGGAGUUCAUUCCGAGACUCCAGGAAACGUCAUGGACAUACGCACCGCGGAAGAAGCACGGAGAGGCGCUAUCGAGCGUGACGAAGAGCGAAACCGGCUUACGUCGCUCAUUCCGCGAGACAUGCUUCCGCCUGGAUUUGAUGUGGCGGGAGAUGCCGAUGGAUCUCGUUUUCGAGCGGUGGUUCCAUCGAACCUAGUGGGGCAUGUGCAGCAACUGCUAGACGCGGGAGCAGCUCUGUUUACACCAGGUCGAUUGGGUGUGCGAACCUUCACCACCAAGAGUAAGACGGAACUUGAUGAACGGGUUGCAGGGUGUUGGUGCAUGUUGUGGGCAUGGCGCAUUUUCAUUCUAAUUACUGUAUCGAAAAGAAAUCCCAAGGUAGGAACGCAGAAACGAGCCAUCCAAUUCGUUAUGAAGUAUGAAAUGAAAAUGUAUAACUUUCGGAAGCAGGUACUAGGUCCUUGGGAGUCACAACUAUCUGAAGAGCAGAAGAAUAUGCUAGACGCAGUUGGGAAAAUAGAGAACGUUAGUUACAAAAUUGCUUGGAAUGUGUUGCCACUGAAGUACGAUAAGAGUGGGAGGGCCAUAUAUAGACAGGGAGGAGACUCCAGCCCCUCAAGUAGUAAUAGUAGUAGCAGUAGUAGCUCUUCGAGUAGUUCUGCAUCGCAAGACCUUGAUGACGAUGAUCAGUAGGCUCAGUCUCGCAUAGUGGUGAUAUCUGUACCCGCGUGCUUCCUGUGUUCUUCCAGUAGUUACCUUGUCUUUUUGGAAGAAAUACCAUUGGGAAACGCGUUUCGUUGAUCUUCGUAAGGUAGAAAGUCCCGAAAACGAACUCGUAUUGAAGUUUGGAAGGUUCUAAGAAGGGCGCGGCAUAUAGCAG